AUGGAUCUUUCAAAACUCACCAAGAAGACCCUCAAGGUCUCGCGGGGAUACACCUACACCUACUACACCUCCCCAGCUCAAGGAGCAAAGCCCACCCUCAUUCUUUUCCACGGUUGGCCGGACUCAGCACGUCUCUGGGCCGGCCUCAUCAAUGAUCACCUCGUCCCCAAUGGCUACGGCGUGGUCGCUCUUGACUGCCUCGGGUACGGGGAAACCUCGAGGCCUACCGACGCCAAAGAGUACGCGUGGCCCAAGAUGGCAGGGGACACCGUUGAGAUUCUCGAUGCCGAGUCGCUGACCAAGGUCAUCUCGCUCGGCCACGACUGGGGAAGCGCCAUGUGCCAGCGCUUCUACAACUACCAUCCCUCCCGUGUGAGCGGGUUGGUGAUGCUCAACGUGGCAUACAUGCCGCCGACGGGGCAGUUCGACUUGGACGAGACGAACAAGGCCACCAAGGCGGCGUUUGGGGUGGGCCUUCUAGAGUACUGGCACUUCUUCACGGCCGACGACGCCGCCGAGAUCAUGGCCAAGAACCUCGACUCUGUUUACAGCGUUGCCUUUGGAGACCCCAUGUCGUGGCUCGAGAACUGGUGCUCGCCGGGCGGGAUGCGCGACUUUGUCAGCAGCGGUCGAACACAGCCGGUGUUGCCCUAUGCGACGGACGAGCACAAGAAGGAUUUUGAGAGCCGCUUCAAGCCGGAAAAGGGAGGUUUUGCUUCAUCCCUUUGCUGGUACAAGGCCGCCAAGGAGGGGGUUCAAAGUGAAGCGGAGAAGUCGAUUCCAGAAGAGGCAAAGGUUGUCAACGUCCCAGCGUUCUUCUGGGGUGGGGAAGACGAUCAAGUCUGCAGGCCCGGAGCAUUGCAGGGGAGCAUCGCUGCUGGACUGCUUCCCAACGUGAAGAGUGUUGUGAGACCUGGUGGUCACUGGGCGCUUCUUGAAAGGCCGGCGGAGCUGGGCGAAGACUUGGUCUCGUGGCUUAGGGAAACUUAUAAGUCUUCUUAUAAUCUCUGA